CAGCUGGGCUCAGAGCUGCUAAGCCACCAGCACGUAUUGACAGCUCCCUCCUCUUCGCUCGGACAGCUACAUCUUCCAAGCGCUGCCCCAGCCAUGAACAAGUUGCUGGGGGCUCUCCUCUCUUGGAGCCUGGUGGCCUGGGUGCAAGGAGCAGAGAAGCCUCCAGGGCCGCCAGCUGCUGCAGGGUUUCAGGAGUGUAAGAAAGCCCUAAAGCUCCCUGGGCUGGAGGUACUGCCGGGCGGGGGCUGGGACAACCUCAGGAACCUGGAUAUGGGGAGAGUGAUCAGUCUGGGCUACUCGCUGUGCAAAACCACAGAGGACGGGUCCUACAUCAUCCCAGAUGAGGUCUUCACCAUCCCCCGCAAGCAGAGCAACCUGGAGAUCAACUCGGAGAUCAUAGAAUCUUGGAUGGACUACCAGAGCGCCACCGCCGCCUCGGUCAACACAGAGGUCUCCCUCUUCUCCUCUCUCAACGGCAAGUUCUCCAGCGACUUCCGCAAGAUGAAGACCCACCAGGUGAAGGACCAAGCCAUGACCACGCGGGUUCAGGUCAGAAAUCUGAUCUACACUGCCAAGUUUGACCCCGGGGCAGCCCUGGACAAGGGCUUCCGUCAGCAGCUGGUGACCAUCGCUGGGCACCUGGAGAACAACCAGAGCCGGAUGGCAGACUACUUGGCAGAGGUGCUGGUGCUGAACUACGGUACCCAUGUCAUUACCUCACUGGAUGCUGGCGCCAGCCUGUUGCAAGAGGAUCAGAUCAAAUCCACCUUCGUCCAGGAUAACAUGUCCACACGGAGUGCCAUUACCGCCUCGGCUGGGGCCUCCUUCCACAGCAUCAUCAACUUCAGCAUCAGUGGGUCACUGAGCAUGGAGAACUCCUUCACCAAACAGUACCUGUCCAACCGCACCAACUCCAGGGUGGAGAGCAUUGGUGGCGUGCCCUUCUACCCAGGGAUCACCCUCAAGGCCUGGCAAGAGGGCACCACCAACCAGCUGGUGGCUAUUGACCGCUCUGGCUUGCCCUUGCAUUUCUUCAUCACGCCCAGCAGCCUGCCGGAGCUACCCAGCCCCACAGUGAAGAAGCUUUCCCGGAGGGUGGAGUUGGCCGCCCGCCGCUACUACACCUUCAACACCUACCCCGGCUGCACCGACACCACCUCGCCAAACUUCAACUUCCACGCCAACACCGACGAUGGCUCCUGCAAAGCGGCUGAGACCAACUUUACCUUGGGGGGUGCCUACCAGGAGUGCGUCCCGCUGGGGGGCCCAGAUGCACCAGUCCUCUGCCAGGGGCUAGAACACAGGAACCCGCUCACCGGGGCAUUCUCCUGCCCUGUGGGGUACACCCCAGUGCGGCUGAGCACCCAGGAGCGGGAGGAAGGCUACAGCCACCUGGAGUGCUACAGCUCCUGUAUGCUGGGGCUGUUCUGCAAGAGAGUGUGCAAGGAUGUGUUCUGGCUGUCCAAGGUCCAGUUCAGCGCCUUCUGGUGCAUGGCAAGAAGCCAGGUCCCUGAGAACUCGGGGUACCUCUUCGGGGGUCUCUUCAGCUCUCGGAGUGCCAAUCCCUUGACCAACGCCCAGUCUUGCCCCUCCGGCUUCUUUCAGCUGAGGCUCUUUGACCAGCUCCAGCUGUGUGUCAGCAGAGACUACGAGAUGGGGCACAGGUACUCUGUGCCCUUUGGGGGGCUCUUCAGCUGUGAGGCAGGGAACCCCCUGGUGGGGGCCCACCAGGGGACCGUGGAUGACCCCUACCUGAAGCGCUGCCCGGCGGGAUUCAGCCAGCACCUGGCUCUGAUCAGCGAUGGCUGCCAAGUGGAGUACUGCGUCCAGUCCGGGAUCUUCACCGGAGGAGCCCUGCCCCCAGCACAGCUCCCUCCCUACACCCGUCCACCCGCCAUGACCCUGGUGGGCAUUGACACCGUCCAGGUGACCAAUGCCAAUGGAGAGCGCUCCUGGGUCAAAGAUGCCCAGACCCAGAUGUGGCGGCUUGGGGAUCCCGCUGAGACGCGACGCACUGCAGGGCUGGGUGGUGGAGGGGGCCUGUCGGGCAAGGAGACAGCCGGUGUCACAGUGGCUGUCACCACUGGCCUGGCCAUCCUCAUUGCCCUGGCUAUCUACAGCUCCCGGAGGUACAAGGCCAGGGGUUACCACACGGUGGAAGAGGGACAGAGCCUGGUCCCAGACAGCUCUGCGUAUGGCACUGCUGCUGAGCUGGGGGAGAGAUGCCAGCCAGACCCGGAGAGCCAGACAGGUUAACUCCCACUGGCUCCUACUGGGAAAAGCCCCCUCCGGCCCCAGGCACAGCAACAAGCUUCCUGCUGCGCAGAACCGUGAGCUCCCCCACUCCCAGGCUGUAGCUGUGUCUCCACUGCAUUAUUAGCUUGAGCUGCAACCCACCCCCCACCAGCCAGCCCCCUUGAGCUAGAGAUGUGUGUGCGCAGGAGUCAGGUCAGGGGUAACCCUUGAUCCCAUCUCAGGGUGACACUGGAGUGGAGCCAGUUCCUGUCUGUGCUCUGAGACACCAAGCAAUUAGCUGCAGAGACAGUGAGGGCAACUCCCUGGCCUUCCCCAAGGGCCGACCUGUUGGGGUGGAAUUAACCCAGCAGGGUGGUGGGGAACAAGCAGCCCAUGGACGUGGGUCAGCUGUGAUCAGGCUGGGGCUGCCUUGCAGCGAUGUGAAAGAGGACCGGAAAGGGGGCAGCCUGUGACCCAGGCACUACACAAUGCGGGGAUCACUCUAAAUACACCCUGUGACACUGCACCCCUUAUUCAUCACAGAAAUAUUAUGUUAUGAUUAUGGCAUAAUUAUGAUGCAUUUUGUACAAGAUAAGUCAUGUGAGGUGUCAUUGGAAAAGUGAUGAUUUGCUGAAUAUGAUUAUCCUAGUUGUAUGCAUGUAUCAUUUUUGUAUCUGAAGUUAUGAAUAUUGACUAGGAAUCUGUAUUUCAAUCCUGCUUACUCUGGGUGACACCCACAAUUAGCCUUUCUGGUACAACAAUGAAGAAGCUAGACAGUGCCGGUGACCCAUCAGCAAAGACAAUGGACCCUGUAAGAACUUAACCUUCCUGUGAAUGUUCCAGACAGCCUGUAAGUAAUGGCUGCUAUGACUCAGCAAGGUAUGCAAGGGCCUGUGACAAGGUCACAUGUCUCUAGACUCCAUCUUGGGAUUUCAGUGUUUUUCCGCAAACUGAAGUUUGGGACAAAGGGUUCCCACCGUAUGCUAAAGCUAUAUUAGGCAGGGAGUGACAUCAUCAUCUGGGGUUCUUCACUCCCCACACAAUAAUACUCCUGGAAACACCAAAGGAACAAAGACUGAACUGGGGAAAGUGCUGGACCCAGGGUAAAGAAAUUUCUAGCCUGUGUAUGGAAGACCUGGGGAUUCCAAUCUGUAAAGCAAGUGCAGCUUGCCCCUUAAGAGUCUGCAGCCUGCUUGUACCAUCUCUUAGGGUGAGAAACUGCUAAUGCAUAUUCAAUCUAGCUAGUGUGUUAAACUUAGUUUGCGGUUUUGUUUAUUUGCUAGGUAAUCUGCUUUGAUCUGUUUGCUAUCACUUAUAAUCACUUAAAAUCUUUUGUAGUUAAUAAACAUGUUUUAUCUAAA